UAUCUGCAUAACAAAUGUGAAGUGUUAACAACCCAUAUUUUGAAAGAUAUGUUUCCUGCCUAUGCAUUGUUGUUCACAUAUUUAAAUUUGGCACUUCUAUCGAAGAAAAAGGAAAGAAAUAGAAGUCUACCCUGCAUAGAUAGAAUCCAUUAGUAUUUCCUUUGAUUCAUUUCUCCUUGUCAUAUUUUUUCCUCCUUGUCAAUUCAAUAGUGCUUUAGAGAGGUAGUUUUUUUGGGCUUUGGUGUUGAAAGUUUGACAAUAUCUCAUUACACGAUUCCAUCUACUCUACAAAGACCUUUAUACCUAAUUUCUGAAAUGAAACAUAUUAUCUUCUGAUAAUUUACUUAUUUAUUUAUUUAUUUAUUUAUUUUUUGUGUAUAACCUGCAAAUACACUCACAUGUAUGUAUCUAUUGUUUAAAUGGGAUGGUAGAGGUUUGUAAGCCAAAACAACCUGUUUACCAUACAUGUUAAAAGAAAUGAUUACUUUUCUGAAUAUCCUCAGUUUAUAUUGCCAUUUUACUUUAACCAUGAGAAGCUUUUAGAUGAUCAUGCUAGAAAGUCAUCAAAAAUCAUCCAUUAUCAGUUAUUUAUAGUUCUGGAAAUUUCUUAAAUUGGGCUUUUAUCUUUGAUUAGUCCUACAGCAGCCCGCCAUUAUAGGCACAUCCUGUGUUCAAUAAUUUGGUUUGGUUGUAGGGUAUGUUUUGUUGUCAAGUCUUAGGUAGAAGUUUGUCCCUUUUCUCAUGAUUACAAGCUAAUAUUUAUAUUAAAAAAUAAAAAUUAAAAAUUAACUGAUAAAGGUAUGCACGAACACACUCGUGUAUAUCUUGCCUAACAAACUGAUCUCCAAGGUUCAAAUUUUCACAAUCAGAAACUUGCAUAUCUGAGGCUUAUACUUUGUUAGAGAUUUUCAGAAGAGAGGAGGUUUCCUGUUCAGCUGUUCAUUCAUAGCUGUUCAUACUGACUACAACCUUAAAGAGUCAUCAUUGGUUGGCUUCACCCACAAUUGUUGCUGCAUAAAAAGCACAACUUUUGCAUUCCCUGCGCUUACUUAUCAUGAAUUUUCAGAUUUUUGUUCAAAGUACUGUAGGUUUUAUAUGUACUUCUGGGAGUUCUUAAUUUUGCAACAAGAAAGAACUUCUAUGCUGGUACUGCAGAUAACUGGACUUGCUUUCGCAUCAAUUGACUCUGAUUAUAUCUAUAUACAAGGAGUUGAUUAUGAGGUUUUGUGUGGACAAUGGAAAGAAAGCAAGAAAGUCUUCUCAUUUAGGGGAGAUUCAAACUGGCUUGGAUUUAGCAAGUGCGCCAACAAGGAUGUUUUGGGUGGAUGGUGUGAUUCAGGCAGCAUCUUUGUUGCUGACAUUGCCAAGGAAAAUAAAUUGCAGGCCGCGGAUGAUUUCUGUAAUGAAGUUAUCUGUUGAUGCUUCAAUUGGCUACUUUUUUCUCUAGUUUGCUGUACUCUUGGUGAGCAUAUCAUUUUUUAUUUUUAUUUUUUAUCAUCAAUUACACAACUAUCGACCUAUUAAAAUAGAUUUUUGUGAUCAGCAUCAUUUGUGGGAUUUAACAAUCCUAUUCUGGAAUACAGAUAUUGGAGAAUCCAAGAUUGAUACUUUUUCUGAUAUU